CACGUGCGAGAUGAAAGGCUCCAGAAAUAAUUUACCAUGAAUGAAAUACAAACUAGGAAGAAGAACAAUAAUUUCACGCAGGUUUUUUAUUUUUUGUGGUACGACGAGGGUUUGAGGACUCCGAUCUAGUUGCAGAUUAAGCAGCAGUGGUCUGUUUGUGCAUAUGUUUAGUCUCUGUGCGAGGGUACCUUUUUUGCUUGAUGAUUUCGAGCCCACGACAUUGAGAAGCCGUGGAGAAUCCUGUGCAAACCAAGUCUUUGGGGUUUUAUGCGCCAUUGUCUGAAGGGGCGUCAGCUUUUCUGCAUCUUUGGCCCUGCGGGCGUGCUUUUCGAGGCCAUUUACGUAUCUGAUCUAGAUAUUAGGGAUAUUAGGGUUUCAGCUACAUGAGCGUGUCUGCAAGUGGCAGGAUUAGGAGGAGGCGCCAUGACGCGGAUCUGGAAUGAUCGUGAUCCAUGUUCGAAUCCCAACACUGCUGCUGAAACCCCAGGAAUAGUAGCAGUAAGUAGUUACGACUAAAGUCAUUGCUGCUUUGCUUUCAGUUUAUGCCUAAUUGAAACACGGGGGUACAAUUAGGGCCAAUUUGAGACACGCAGAAGACCUUCCGUCAUUGUUGCUUUGCUUUCAGCUAACUUCUGGCUAAAUAUUGUGGGGGGCAAUUGGGAUUAACAGAGGAGGGGUUUGUCAUUGUUGCGUUGCUUUUUCUUUCAGCUAACGUCAGAGGCAAUUGGGGCUAACGUAAGGGAAGAAGUUCUUUGUUUUUGCUUUAAAUAUUGGGGAAGAUAAGGACGCUUGAGGCUAACUUCAGGGAUUAAGGUCUUCAUUGUUGCCUUGCUUUCAGGUACCGUCUGAAUAUAUAUUGAGGAUAAAUAGAUGCAGUUGAGACCAAUUUGUCGUAACAGGAGUCUAUCAUUGCGGCUUUGUUUUCAGAUAGCAUGUGAUUAAUAAUGUAUUAAGGGUAAAUAGGAGCAAUUGGAAGUUAAGCUGCCGUAGAAGAAGAAGUGAUGUGUUUUCAGCUAGCCUAUGAUUAAAUUUUGGGGUGAGUAGGGGCAACUGAGAUUAAUUGGGAUACACAGAAGAAUUUAGGUCAUUGCUACGUUGCGUACAGCUAUUGCCUGAAAAAUAUUAGUGAUGAAUGUGGGCAAUUGGGGCUAAUUUGCAGUAAAAUGGUGGCGGUUGGAACUAAUCUGAGGUAUCACUUAAUUAAACAUUGAAAUUGAGGAAAAUAAAGGCAACAGGGGCUAAUUUGAGAUACUUCUGUGAAGAAGUUGUGAAGAUGAAGCCCCCAUCGUGUUCUGUCUGUCAGAUGACCUACAAUGAGGAAGACAGGGUUCCAAUGAUGCUCCAGUGCGGGCAUAGUUUCUGCAAGGAAUGCCUAUCACACAUGUUCUCUGUGAGCAUAGACAACACACUUCCAUGCCCUAGAUGCAGGCAACUGUCAAAGGUAGGCAACAGCGUCGAAGGUCUGCGCAAAAAUUUUGCAAUGAUUUCAUUACUUCACCAUGCUAAUGAAAAUUGCACGCCAGAAGAUGAAUCAGAUGAAGAUGAUGAGCUUAAUACAGAGUGCGCAUCCAACUGCAACAAUUUGAGUAAUAAUGGGUUGGGAUGGCCUUCAACCUGUGGUAAUGGUAUGGUGAUGGAUGUGGGUUCACACUCAAUGCGACUGAUUCGACAAUUAGGAAAGGGCCCUCGACCCGGGCAGGAUUCUUGGUCCGUGCUCAUGACUGGGCCCAGUGGAUGUCGUCACAAGGUAGCAGUGAAGAGGAUUAAGGUUUCAGAGGGGAUGGAUUUGGUUUGGGUUCAGAGCAGGCUCGAGAACUUGCGCAGGGCAUCCAUGUGGUGUCAGAAUGUCUGCACCUUCUAUGGGGCAUGUGAAAAAGAAGGCAAGCUCUGUAUGGUCAUGGACAAGUACAUGAGCUCAGUACAAGCAGAGAUGCAACAAAAUGAGGGGCGCCUUACAUUGGAGCAGAUCUUGAGAUAUGGUGCAGAUAUUUCUCGUGGUGUUGCAGAGCUACAUGCAGCUGGUGUUGCAUGCAUGAAUUUGAAACCAUCUAAUCUUCUUUUGGAUGCAAAAGGACGGGCAGUGGUCUCUGAUUUUGGUCUUCCAGAAAUUCUUAAGAAACCUCAAUGUAGAAAGGCUCGUUCGUUAACAGAGGAUGAAACUACAAGGACACAUUCUUGUGUUGACUGUACUAUGUUGAAUCCUCACUAUACAGCCCCUGAAGCAUGGGAACCACUGAAGAAAUCAUCUUUAAACAUCUUUUGGGAUGAUGGAAGUGGGAUUUCUGCAGAGUCCGAUGCCUGGAGUUUUGGCUGCACAUUGGUCGAGAUGUGUACUGGAGCAAUUCCGUGGGCUGGAUUAAGUUCAGAGGAGAUCUACAGGGCUGUUGUCAAGGCACGGAGGCAACCACCACAAUAUGCCAGUGUAGUUGGUGUGGGCAUCCCAAGGGAAUUGUGGAAGAUGAUUGGUGAAUGUCUACAGUUCAAACCUUCAAAGAGGCCUACUUUUAAUGCUAUGUUAUCCAUUUUUCUGCGCCAUCUGCAGGAGAUUCCCCUUAGUCCUCCUGCAAGCCCAGAGAAUGAUCCAUCAAAGGAUUCCGAGGCAACUGGUACAGAGCCAUCUCCUUCAUCUGUCCUGGACUUUGCGCAAGACACCCCGAAUGCUCUUCAUCGCAUGGUCUCAGAAGGGGAUGUCGAAGGGGUUAGAGAUUUGCUAGCAAGAGCUUCAUCUGGAAAGAGUGGAUGUUCAAUUGGAGCUCUUUUAGAGGGCCGCAAUGCUGAGGGCCAAACUGCCUUACAUCUGGCAUGUAUGAGAGGUUAUGCUGAACUUGUAGAAUCCAUUUUGGAGUGUCCUGAAGCAGAUGUGGAAGUUUUAGACAAGGAUGGGGACCCUCCUAUUGUAUUUGCACUUGCAGCUGGGACACCUGAUAGUUUAAAAGCUUUGAUAAGUAGGGGAGCAAAUGUGAAUGCAAAGCUUAAAGAAGGCUUGGGGCCUUCUGUUGCCCAUGUUUGUGCAUUUCAUGGGCAACCUGACUGCAUGCGGGAACUACUUUUGGCAGGGGCUGAUCCUAAUGCUGUUGAUGAUGAGGGUGAGACAGUGCUACACAGAGCUGUUGCAAAGAAGCACACAGAUUGUGCAAUUGUCAUAUUGGAAAAUGGGGGAUGCUCUUCGAUGGGCAUAUUGAAUUCAAAGGAAUUGACUCCAUUACAUAUGUGUAUAGCAACAUGGAAUGUGGCUGUUGUCAAAAAGUGGGUAGAAGUAGCAACAAUAGAGGAGAUCCAAGAUGCAAUUGAAGUCCCAAGUAAAGUAGGUACUGCAUUAUGUAUGGCAGCUGCCUUGAAAAAAGCUCAUGAAACAGAAUGUAGGGAAUUGGUUAGAAUAUUACUUGCAGCUGGAGCAGAUCCAGAAACCCAAGAUUUGCAACGGAGGCAAACAGCUCUACAUGCAGCAGCAAUUGCUAAUGAUGUAGAAAUGGUGAAGAUCAUCUUAGAUGCAGGUGUUCAUGUGGAUGUUAGAGAUGCACACAAUACAACACCUCUUCAUGUUGCCUUAGCUAGGGGAUCAAAGGCAUGUGUGGGACUGCUUUUGGAAAGUGGGGCCAACUGCAACUUGCAGGAUGAUGAGGGGGACAAUGCAUUCCAUAUAGCUGCAGACACUGCAAAGAUGGUGCGAGAAAAUCUUGAUUGGAUAGUUGUUAUGCUUCGGCAAGAGGAUGCAGCUGUUGAUGUUCGAAACCACAGUGGAAAGACACUGAAGGAUUUCAUAGAGGCACUUCCUCGAGAAUGGAUCUCAGAAGAUUUGAUGGAUGCUCUUUUAAAGAAGGGAAUACAACUAUCUAUGACAAUAUUUGACAUAGGUGAUUGGGUUAAGUUUAAAAAGAAUGUAAAGGCUCCAAAAUAUGGAUGGCAAGGUGCAAAGCAUAAGAGUGUUGGCUUUGUUCAGAAUGUACCUGAUAAGGAUCACCUAAUUGUGUCGUUUUGUUCUGGAGAAGCCCGUGUAUUGCAAGAAGAGGUUUUUAAGGUCAUUCCUCUUGACAGGGGACAGCAUGUGCAGCUAAAGGCAGAUGUUAGGGAACCAAGGUAUGGAUGGCGUGGACAAUCUCGUGAUAGUAUUGGGACAGUCCUAUGUGUUGACGAUGAUGGGAUUCUCAGGGUUGGGUUUCCUGGAGCAUCUCGAGGAUGGAAGGCUGAUCCUGCAGAGAUGGAAAGGGUUGAAGAAUUUAAAGUUGGGGAUUGGGUGCGGAUACGACCGUCACUUACAAGUGCAAAACAUGGUCUGGGGUUAGUAACUCCUGGUAGCAUUGGAAUUGUUUACUGUAUAAGGCCAGACAAUAGCUUGUUGCUCGACUUGAACUACAUGGCAGGGCCAUGGCAUUGUGAACCUGAAGAAGUGGAACCUGUUGAGCCAUUUAAGGUAGGAGAUAGGGUUUGUGUUAAGAGGUCUGUAGCUGAACCAAGGUAUGCAUGGGGUGGGGAGACACACCAUAGUGUAGGGAGAAUAAGUGAAAUUGGCAGUGAUGGCCUCCUUCUCAUUGAUAUUCCUGGUCGUCCCAUUUCAUGGCAAGCAGAUCCAUCAGACAUGGAGAAGGCUGAAGAUUUUAAGGUUGGUGACUGGGUUAGAGUGAAAGCCUCAGUUUCUUCUCCAAAAUAUGGAUGGGAGGAUGUCACAAGAAGUAGUGUCGGGAUUGUUCACAAUUUAGAUGAGGAUGGUGAUAUGGGUGUAGCUUUCUGCUUCAGAAGCAAGCCAUUUUCCUGUUCUGUGACAGAUAUGGAAAAGGUUGCACCUUUUGAGGUGGGUGAUGAGAUACAUAUUAUGUCAUCUGUUACGGAGCCACGUUUAGGAUGGUCUCGUGAGACAACUGCUACAACAGGAAAGAUUGCAAGGAUAGAUAUGGACGGCACAUUGAAUGUGAAAGUAGCUGGAAGAAGCACUCUGUGGAAGGUUGCCCCGGGAGAUGCAGAAAGGCUGUCAGGAUUUGAAGUUGGUGAUUGGGUCAGACUAAAGCCAACUCUUGGGAUCAGGCCAAGCUAUGAUUGGCAUGGAAUAGGUAAAGACAGUUUUGCAGUGGUCCACAGUCUAUCUGAUACAGGUUACCUAGAGCUUGCAGGUUGUUUUCGAAAGGGGAGAUGGAUGACUCAUUACACUGAGGUUGAAAAAGUUCCUAGCCUUAAAAUUGGUCAGCAUGUUCGUUUCCGACCAGGACUAACUGAGCCUAGAUGGGGAUGGAGAGGUGCGUCUGCCAACUCUCGUGGUGUAAUAAUUGGUGUGCAUGCUGAUGGGGAAGUGUGGGUAACAUUUUCAGGUCUUUCUGUGCCUUGGCGAGGCGAUCCAGCUGAUCUGGAGAAGGAAGAGAUGUAUGAGGUGGGUGACUGGGUGAAAGUAAGGUUAGACUUGGUGGAGCCUAAAAACGGAUGGAGGUCAGUAAGGCCAGGGAGUAUUGGCAUAGUGCAAGGAAUAGCAUAUGACAAUGGAGACAUUGGGGAUAGAACCAUUCUUAUUGGGUUCUGUGGUGAGCAGGAAAGAUGGCUUGGUUUACCUCAUGAACUUGAACGAGUCGAACCAUUUUCGGCUGGCCAGCAGUUACAGGUUAAAUCCUCAGUAAAACAGCCUAGGUUUGGUUGGUCAGGCCAUGGCCAUCAUAGCAUAGGGACUAUUACUGCUAUUGAUGCCGAUGGAAGGUUGCGUGUGCAUACAUUUUCUUGCACUCAGAAAGCUUGGAUGCUUGAUCCUGCAGAAGUGGAGGUAAUAGAAGAACAGCCUAUCUGCAUUGGAGACUGGGUGAGAGUGAAGCCCUCUGUACCUACCCCUACUCAUCAAUGGGGUGAGGUUACACACAAAAGUAUAGGGGUGGUUCACAAGAUAGAUGAUGAUGGGGAUUUGCGGGUUGCUUUUUGUUUUCUAGAUAGGUUAUGGGUUUGCAAGCCUUCAGAAAUGGAGAGAGUUCGACCUUUCAAAAUUGAAAAUCGGGUGAGAGUGCAACGCAAUGUUGGUAGUCCAAGGUGGGGUUGGGGUAUGGAAACCUAUGCAAGUAGAGGAAGAAUUGUUGGUGUCGAUGCAGAUGGAAAAUUAAGGAUAAAAUUUGCCUGGAGAGAAGGCAGGCUUUGGGUUGGAGAUCCUGCAGAUGUUGAACUUGAUUCAGAUGUUUCAUGAUGCCAUGGACUCAGUGUGCUUUUGUAUCUAGUUUCAUAAGUAGACGAUGGAUUUUUGUCUGGUAGGCAUGUGAUCCUUACACUUCUUCUAGAUUUUCUGUAGCCUUUGGUAGGGAAGGUGGAAUCACAUUCCUACCAGGUCGAUCGUCUACCUAAGAAACCUGGAUGCUGAGCUGUGUAUAAUAUUGAACUGUAUUUAAUUGUGUGUGCCAUACUAGAGAAAAUUUUCAGGUUUAUUUGCUUGUGUAUUAUUCUGCUAUUGUAGGUGUUUGUGUGUUUUAUGGCUGAUGGCCAAUUAACAUGUCAUCUUCAAUAUUACAGAUGGUUGCCAUCUUUAAUGGCAUACUAUUUUUUAGCAAUUCUUUUCGACCAUUCUGAAGGUUAGCUGCUCCCAUAUUGUUCGAGGAUAUGUCCAUAUUUAUAUGCAUAGAUAUGUGCAAUUUUGUUCCA